CAUCACGCAAACGCGAACUCGAUGUAAUGUAGCUAACUUCAUUUUAUAAAUGUUCGAUCUCCUUCAACUACGUUGAGGCUUGUACAUUUUGGAGAUUACGCUUUUCGGUAAAUAUUGUUUUGCUCAUUGAAACAGUGCAGUUUAACAUUUUAUUAUUCCUAUUCUAGUCAAAGAAAUGGCUCUAAGUGUUGCACUACCUCUAACUGGAUUGGAGACGGAGAAUUUCAACUCCUUCAGCUCGUUCAUAGACAUAGCGGGCUUGUCUCAAUCGCAGACAAGUCCGAGUCCAUCUGUCUCUAGUGAGUCUAGCGGUAUCGGCUCGCUGGGGUCGCUCAAAUCAGAGUCAGUGAAUAGCGACUCCUUGCCUUCUAGUCCUCAAACUACGGAAAAGAAAGUAUUCGAACCAUUCGUGCAACCUCAACCACGUCCAAAGGAACAGAAGGCUGAAGAUAUCAAAAUAAGAUAUGAGCAACGCGACGUUCUCAACCUGAUGGCCAAUCUCACCGAUUCUAAAUGGAACUACCGUGCUACAGUGCUGCCACCAAAGGACCCUGCACUGUUCUUCGCUAACCGCUCGCAGUAUCACCGGCUGGGGCCGUUUGGAACGCACACACAGUAUGUAAAAGACUCUUGCCAUUUCUGUGGCUUCUCUUGGGUUGUAGCCGCCAAGGAUUGAGGUGACGAUGUAUCAACACAAACUUCAGAACAAAUGUUGGGUAUGACUGGGACACAUCAGGGUGCGUACCAACUUCUGUCUCGCAGUUGUUUGGUGCUUCCAUCGCCAUACCCAUCCAGUAAAUCAACGACUACAGUUCUCAACUGACGACUUAUCAUUUUACUUUUAAAUGAUAGGAUACUCCACUUAUUUUCGGAGUUUUUGUAUUCACAUAAUCGUAAUUGCUUUAAGUUUAGGAUACAGUAAUGAAUGUUAGACUAAUUUGACCAAAACAUGACAGUUCCUUCUCUGGGAACUGAGUUGUUGAUUUAGUGCAAUUUUGUAAUAUUUUUCUAUAUGACAGUGCAUCUCCAUGUGGCCCGGUCUUACGGAUGACUGUGGAAUAUGUAAGUUGUUAUCGUCCCACGCAUUUCGUAGAGUUACAUUUUGAACGUGACUUAAUACUGUGAUCUUAAUUUAAACAAAGCAAUUUUAGAAAAAUUCUGUGAAACGUGCGACGAUAUAAAUUACUUUGGUUAAAACAAAUAACUUAUUUGUUUGUGUGAUAAUGUUAGGCUUAAUUAUAUUUAAACAAUGCCAUAGGAAUACAAUUAAUUAUAAUUUGGCAUUUUCCUUGUCUAAGCACUGAAAAUAACUUGGAAUCUACUCUUCCAUUGAUGUUACAAUAUUCUUUAUUUAAAACAGAAAUCAUCUUAUUAAUUAAUUAAUAUAUUACGCUACACUUAGUUCCUUUUAGAAUUGUUAAUGAUUUGUUAUCCAAAGAAUCUAUUUGUUUUUAAUAUGAAUUUAAUAUAUUAUCUAUAAAUUGUUGAUCAGAACAAUUUAUAUUGAUUAGUAUAAAAUACAAUUGAUUGAUAAAUUCAAUCAAUGGAUUUUGUUCCCAAAUAUAUUUAAAUUAAAAAGCAAUAUUUAAAUUUUCGACAUUUAUUUGAUGAAUUGUAUCUCCCACCAUUACAUCUAAUAGUUUUUAUUUAAAUAUUGUUUUAUAAUUAUCUUUAGGGCUGUAGGUGUAAUUAUUUUAUUAUAUUCCACAGUCAUAAUGAAUAGGUUUGUCAAUGUUUCAACCAAAAGGCUGCUUCUCGGAUGUUUUUUUAGUUACGGUUUUGACGAGAUGGCACGAAUUUAAAGCCAAGCUAUAGGUUAAUUUUAAGAUGUAAUUAUGAUGUUGGAUGUACCGUCCGAGCAUUACAUAAUAGUGGUGACAUUCUCUAGAGGAUAUGAUCUUGAUACAUUGCUCUAAAAUCAAUUUCCUAUCAAUUUUAUGAAAUGCUUAAUGUCUCACUUUGUAUGAGAAGCCCGCAGAGCACAUAGUUGGAUGGGUGAUCAGUGCAUAUCAUCACAAAUUAUAGCAGUGAUUAGAUAAACUAAGGUAUUAGUAGUUGUUACAGAUGUUUUAAAAGUUUUGUGUCAUUGAUGUGCCCAGAUGCUGGGCUUAGUGAAAUUAUACUAUGUGUGGUACAGACUGGCAAUAUCUCUAUGUAAAUGCAUAUUUAAACUAAUAUCCAUGGUCUCUUAAUUUUAGUCAAGAUAUUUAAUAGUGUGAGUCUCUUCAAUUAUGUAUAAGUAAUGUGUAAUACUAACUAUACUAAUGUAAAAUUGAUACUGUCCUUCUGUGCAACUUUAGUUCUUCUAUGUUGUGAUCAGCUUUAAAUUGGAACUGGAGUAUUUGUACAUGAUGACAUAUUUCCCACAAAGUUAUUUUUAUAAAAGUAAAUGUUAAUAUGUGACAAUACGGUUUGUAGUUUUCAAAAUUUUCUUUAUACAACUACUCUAAUGGUGUGAAAAUUUUGGAAGGGACCAACAUCCAUGCAUUAGGUUUCUUUUAUGAAUGACAAGAACAAAAUUUAGAUUCAUAAAUAGUUUAUCAUGUUCCAAAUUGACAUUGCAUUUUAUCAAACGCUUUAUCUAAGUCAUCGCUGUGUAUUUGUUUCCGUUUGUAAUCGAUAUGGGCUAUGAACAUUGCUGAUAAAAGAAAUUAGUUAUCGUUUCUACAUUAUUUAUUUAUUAUAGUGUCAGUUGGUCACGAACUGAACUGAACAUAGCAUGGAUCUCAGAAUGCAGCUUAGAUUAACGUGAAAGCUAUCAGUGGACACCAUUCCCGGAGAGAGCCACACUUGUAAACUAUUGUAGGGGUGUGCGUAUAGCGUGCUAUCUCCUCAUUCACACAUACUCACAAAAUGGUUGUUAUCGUUAUUUUUAAUCCAAUGUUGCAUUCAGAUUAUUUUUAGUUUUUAAUAUGUAAUAAUGACAAAGCUUCGAUCGAAUGUAGAGAGGGAAUGUUCGGAGCGAUACGCACAGUAGUGGCGCUGGGCGGCGCAGAGGCCGAGGUGCGAUGCAAUAUUUGCAUUCCAGUUGUGUUGUAAGUUGCUGUGGAUGGGUAUAGUUGUUAAUGUUUAUUUAAAUCCACAUUUGCCAAAUAUUUUGGUUGUUGUGCUAUUUAUUUGAAUAUUUUUUUCCGAAGUAAUCAAUUUAGUACCUUCCAAUAUCUGUCUUUAAGUAAGUUUACAAUGUUUUAAUCGUUUCAAUUUUAUGCAUUUUAUUUUGUUUAGACAAAUCAUUAUACACGAUAUUAUACUUAUUAUCUGUUGUAUUUAUAUCUAUUGUUCAUUAUUUUUUCUCAUCGAACUGUAGUCAAAUGACAGUAUUUUUAUAAUGAAAAUUGUAUAAGGAUGAAGGGUUUUGGCCGGGCGGCUGGCGGCAGGGCAGCGGCCGUGGCGGGGCCGGCGGUGUCGCCCGGCUGUAUUACGUAUAUCUAAUAAGCAUUAUGUAGGUUUAGCGAAAUAGAUUAACUCGGAGACAAACUCCAAGUACCAAAACUUAUUGGUUCGAUGUUGUUCUCGUAUUAUCGUGAUAUAGUGCGUCGCGCGCGGCGCAGAGCUCAAUAUUUUAGUAACCCUUAAGAAAAUUAAUACCUCUUUUGAAAAGAUUAUAAUAUAUAUUAUAUAGUAUAUCCAAUCGAUAAUCACAUAUUAUGUAUUUCCCUGUUUAUUUUGAUGUGAUAUCAUAAAUGACUGAUCUGAAUUUAGUUUUUAAGUUGGUUAUUGAUACGCAGUGCUAUUUCGAGAGUGUAAUUAAGAUUUAAUAUUGAAAGUGCCAAUGCUCGUAAUUUAAACUUUGACUGUUCCUUUAAUCCACUUCAGUAUAAGCAAUCGUAUCUUCCUUGUAACGUUAAGUUGUCAUACAUUACUCGUAACGACAUCCACGUAACGUGCACAAUCUCAGUAAUGCUUGCAAUAUUAUGUGUAACGUGUUUUAAUUCCUCACUUAUAAUUUAAUCCAGCGUAAUAUUAAGAGUACAAUAUGAGAUGAUGUUAUAUCAUUCUAGUAUCAAAAUUAGCCGAAGAUGUUAAUAUUAUUAUUAGUUAGGUAAAAUUUUAACAUAGCUUCGUAUAAUUGGGAUGUUUUAGUAUUUAGUAGUGUAUUACGGCGUAGUGGCAAAUGUCUCGUGAGUGUAAUGUGUCAAUAAUACUCGAGUUGUAAGCUCCGCCAGGGGCGCCAUCGCCGCCAUCGCCGCGCAUACGCAACUGACGAUAGACACUAGGCGUUUAUUUGUUGUAAUUAUAAUAAUAGCCGUAGGUAUUUUAUGGUACUUAAAUAAUUAUUCUUGCGAUGCCUUAAUUCUGGUUGUCAAUUAGACAUGUCUGCCUAGAGUGUUAUUGUUUUUAUUUAUUUUAGUUUUUGCUGUUCCGGCUUCCUCCGUGAACUUCCAGUCCAGGCUGUUCUUUUGAAAUAAUUUUGAGGUCGAUUUAUUUUUACCUAAGUGUUCUUAUUAAAUGUUACCAAAAUGUUUUU